ACGCCCAUUAUCGUGUCUACUUGGUAUCCUUCCUGGUCCUCUGGGCUUCCAUCGUUCGACUUCUCCUUACCCUCUGCAAUUCAGCGUCGGUUUCUUUCAUUCAUAGACUCGAAGAUAGGCUCUGGGGUUGUACAAGUAAGGGAUCUUGAGCUAGAUGACCAGGCGAUCAAUAAACUCCUUGCAGGAUCACCAUUCAGACUUCACGAUGGUUCCAUAUCUUGUGUAACUGCACGAAUACCCUUCCCCAAUCCUCUCACUUCCAGUGUAGGGCUUGCGGUACAGUCACUACACCUCACAUUGCAUGCCACCCCUCCAUCCGACCUCAGCUCUCCAAAUAGUGUAAAUCUUGCCCAAUCUGUUGCAUCAGUAGCAGAGACAUUCAUCCACGGCGAGCUUACCCCUCGGGAAGAAGCCACGCUCCGAGAGUCUUUACAUCCAGAUUCCCGACCUCAGCACGCUUAUGAUGAGGGUCAUCACCUUCCCGGAGGAUUAGAUUCAUCUACCCGUGUACACCCUCAAGAAGAAAUUGGCAUUGAUUCUGACCCUUCUGGGGUAUCCCUGUUUGCCACCCUCUUCGAACAUUUACUUGCACGCUUCGAGUUCUCUGCUGCGGACACGAAAAUAGUCAUUGUCCACCGCGGACACUCAAGCGUUACCCUGUCAAUACCAGAAAUUGCAUAUAGUACGGACUCAAGUGUCCCAAAGCAGCAAAGUACUGGAGACGAGCCAUCGAGCAACGUUGCUCUUGAAAGAUCCACACGGAAUGGUCACACACGUAUAGUCUCGAUAUCAGGUGUCACCAUUACCUCUCGGGACAUUCGAGCUACUUUAGAGAACCCUGUCACCUCGCCACGAACCAUAUCGCCUGUGUCGCUCACUUCGUCCCAUGUCACGCUGCACGAUCAUCAGAAGGCUCCUCGCCCGGUGUCACCCGCGUCCUCUUAUUCCUCCAUUGAUGAAGACACGCAGAUGAUGAUGUCGCAGUCCAUUGUUGCUCUUACACCACGUAGUCAGUUUCGGGCUUCUCCGUCUAGCUCAGUUCUCAGUAGCAUGUAUCAGAGCGCGGUCUCUACUGCUGGCUGCUCUUCAACCACCCCCCGUGAGCCCCUCGGCAACUUUGGUACGGGAGAUAUAACUCAACCUCGCUCGUGCGAUCACAUAGCAGGCAAUCGAGAGUCUGCCCAUGUACCUCACUGGGCUACAGAAGAUCUUGUUUUUUCUGUUGGUGCAGACCCUAUCGUGGUUCGACUACAAACGCCACCUGGUUACACAAAGCAUGACGUCGCGCAUCCGUCGACUCUUGAGAUAGUUUCGCCUCACACGGAGGACAUCGCGGUCAAGCAGGACGAAACCUUAUGUCUCAGCGUCAGUGUUGGUAUCAUGUCAUGUGCUCUUCGGGCUUGUCACGUUCGCAUGCUAUUGGAAAUGCUCAAUUACUGCGGAUCCAAGAAUGCUGGUACCACUCCCCAACACCCUGAGACCACACCAAGCCCGCCGACCCUCCAGUGCGGCUUGCACGCAAGUCUAAAUAUCCGUGGAAUUGUGACCCUUGUGAUCACUGAGGCCCUAGAUCAGGAGGCUCCAUCGCUUGAAGCAUUUUUCCAGUCUCCACUUAUCCCUCCAAGAUUGCCUUCGACAUACUUACGCGUAUUGUUGGAGAAUGUUACGGGCUCUCUUGAUUUAUCUGGGGCUCCUGGAAACAAGACUGAUGCAACAUAUAUUUCUCCGAUAACAUCCAACAUACUCCUCUCAAAUCUCUCGGUCUUCAUGUACCACACUUCCAGGACUGUCGAGAAGGACGCGGCGCAACUUUCGCUACCACUCCUUAUUACAGAUCAUCGUCUGCAUAAUCAAUAUAUUGUCAGUCAUUGUCGCCCAUUGUUCUCUUCGAUAACCGUUCUAGCGCAGCCGCUUUCAGAAGUAACAUUGCCGACUUUGGAGGUGGUGGAUUGGACUGCUGUGAAACUUGCAGGAGGCUCUUCGAAGUUGUCGACCUGGAGAGUAAAGUCAUCUACAGGGAAAGAUCAGCUAGUACACAGUCCACCGUCGAAAUUUUCUGCAUUUCCGACAUCUCCAAAACCACCCACGGCGGCGUUGCUGAGUGAAGAAGAAUUUAAGGAGCUGUCCCUUUCCAGUGCUAUUACCUUCACCGCUCGCGUCACCCCUGCGACUACCCGUUCAGGGGGUUUGACCGACAUCUUGGUUCGAAUUGCACCAUUGCACGUGUUCUUCGACGUCGAUAUCAUGCUUGAGGGCGGCGGUGUGCUCAAGUUUCUUGACGAAGUCCUAGCAGUUGAAGGAUCUCCUACUCGGGACGCUUCCGACACAUCCCAAGGGCGUAGUUCACUGGACGACACAGAAGAGGAGGAUUCAGCAAGCGAUGAUGAACUUAACACUCCAUUCAUAACACCAAAGCAACUCGAACGCGAGAGAGAGAGAAGACGCUUGGAAAGACUUGUCUUGGAGGAUUUGGAUUUAGACAUCGACUAUCGGACCGGGGCACCAGCGAGACAGAGACCCCACAGCAAGCGAGUCACAAACACCAAACACAAGCCCAAGUCCAAGCAGACGUCGCAUCCGAAGAUCACCAGAAUCCUACCUGCCCUCCGCGCUGAGGUUCGAUGCAGAUCACCAUCCCUUCAGCCCUCCCUAUCAGGAGGCAUUAUACUGGAUCUCCAUGACGUACAGGUGUCUAACAAACCCCUUGAUCAAGAAUCACCGACUAUCAGAUUCGGGGAUGUUGGUGAAUCAAGGAAUCCCAGCGUCAAAAAUCUGCCAGGACAACUCUUGAGUGGCCAGAUCAAGGGAAUUGUUUUAUCGUAUGCGCCCGUAGGAGAUUCAAAGGCGCAUGCUUUCAUAUCACUUGGUUCCUUGCCACGAACGGAUGACGUUCACCCCGGAUCGGCUUCAUUGCUGUUGUCAGAACAGGCGCCGGACUCACUUCCUAUUCGCUUUCAAUUGACACAGGUGGCUCCAUCAAAGGCUGCUGUCUCUUCUUCGAUGCAUAGGACUUCAAUCAUCAUUUAUGUCCCAUUGGUCAACGUCGUUCUUGAAAAACCAGUCUUCGAUGGAUUGCAAAUUUGGGCUGACAGUGUUACACAAGUGGUCGCCACUGCCGCGGAGGAAACAGAAACUGAAGUCGCUCAGAGCCGCAACCCGAGCCUGAUUGGCAGUAGGUUGUUUGCCAAAUCAAGGCGCGUUGGGAGUCGUGGUAGUGACGAGAGCAGCUUCGGCACUAUCGCGCCAACGCCGAAACAAAGCGAGACGGCCGUGAAGGUGAUCAUUGCUGAAGCUGUAGUAAGAAUACUGAUAUCCCGUUCCCAAAAAUCCGCACCCUCAAUUCGUCCUUUCGACAUAUCCGCCUCAGACAUUGUUGUCCUUGAUGAGACUGUCAUAACCUCGAGCUUGAUGGACCUUCACGUCGGGGACGUAUCGCCAAAGUGGGAGCUCGUACCUCUCCUCGUGUUUACAUUACCUCGCAGUCUGUCUUCUGUGCCAAGGCCCAUGAUAAAGGCUCGCUUUGCUUCCCUGGUAGUUCCAGAAACCGGCGCAAAAGAGACCAAGAUACGGUUGGCCCUCUGGGGCUUCACCUGCCAUGUUUAUCCUGAUUUGCAGUGGACUUCGGACUUGGCUCGAUUUAUAAAAUCUCCACCGGGGGUCUUCGAAUCAGUCGUUCCUUCAGAACGAACGUCCCUUUCUUUCGCAAUUGUAGACGUAUCGAUCAAGACACAUGCCCCUAGUCACCCUGGCUCUGCAGUCCUGUACAUUGGCGAAGCCGAGCUAAACACCGAGCUUGCUGGUAAUUCCAGCGAGUUCAAGUUCAAGUUACUAGUUCCUUCCUUGUCAUUCUUAUUGGUCGAUUCUAUGGCCGAUGCUCCCAACGGUCCAGGUUCUGCCAAGACAAGCGGAGGCUCCAGUCUCAACUUGUGGAAGAAUUUCGGGUUUGCAUCAAUUGCAGAUAUCGAAGAUCUGGACCUUGUGUUCAAGACUGAUAAUGCAUGUGUCCCACCAAGUGUUGGCGUACUUGUGAAUCAUGUCAGCUUACGGGUGCACAUAUGUGCGGAUACUAUAGCUGCACUGGCAGGCUAUAUGGAUGACUUCACGUCUAUAUUCAAGUCCCCUUCUCCCGCAGAACCAACAGUGUCUAGGAAGAAAGCUCCCGCUUCACUGGUUCAUCGUCCACCUGAACAAGGCAUGAUGGCAUCUCUCGACGAGCAAGCCUUCAGGCGGAUUCCCGAUGUCGGCAAUGCAGCCGAUAUGAUCAACGAUGACUUAACGACGAAUCUCGACUACCUGGACGAAUCCUUUGGUUCGGCUGCUGGUUUGCGGGAGCUCAGGGAUGAUGACCUAGAAGACUUCGAUGUGCAUGAGGACGGCCGAAUAACACCGGUAGCUGGGGAAACGGGGGUCGUGUCCAAGGUAGGAGGAGAAACAAUCCGCAUCAUGAAGCCUAUCCAUCCUAUCGAACAUUAUUACGACACGAUUCCUCCAGACAAUACGGGCGAUCGUUCCAGUCUACGCGACACUAUUCUCCGAGUGCGCAUUCAUGACUCUGACGUAUCGCUUUUCCUACACGAUGGUUAUGAUUUGCCACGCACACGAAAAAUUGUGGAGCAAGAAAUCAAAGACAUGCGCAAGAAGUUAGCCAAGAUUAAGCAGCUGAUUGCAACUGGCCAGACCCAAGACCCCAGCGUGGAAGAGACAAGCACGAUGUUGUUCAACCCAAGCACUCCGUUUGAUGCGCUGGAUAAUUCAGUUCCGCCGUUGCUGAUUCUCUAG